CGUGCAGCCUUCUCACCGGAAAUGCGUGGGGUGAUGUAGGCAGCCUCACAAGGCUGAUCGCGCCCUCGUUGAAUCUCUAUCGUGGCGCAGUGAGCACAUGAGAAUCGGGGAUCCUCAGUCCUGUCGCCAUCUUUGCUGAAGUUUUGCUCAGCCUGCUCUCGCUCGAUACUAGAACAAAGCUUCCCCCUUCCAUUUCUCACAAUCUCCCCUCUCCAUAUCAUAGUGCGUCUUCUUCAACAAUCAACUUGACUAUCCGACCACAUUAGCCGUGUGCCUCACUCCAAAGCACGUCUUCCACCGACUGCUUCAGCGCGAGAAACGUGCGGUUGUAAACAAACCAUGGUACCAAAUCCUGGCAGAGUUUCACACUGGCCUACAGUGCUCAUUGGUAUCGUCCGAUUUGGCGCCAUCAUUGCACUCUUGUUUUACUGGUUUUUCGCAAACAAGCAUUGGAAUAUAAUCAAACGCAAUGCCGAGCUCUAUGAUGGUAUCUACAGUCGAACCGUCGUAUCGGUGGAGAAGCUGGCUGAACUGGGGGGUCGUGUGGCUUUGUUUUGGAAUGUAGCAGUGUGUAUACCUACCUUCUGGUUCCUACCGCCACUCAAUCUACCCUUCGCGGUUGGAGACACGGUCAUUGCCGGCUAUCUCAUAGUGUUGUCGUCCUAUCAAAUAAACCUUUCGCCGAAGAGUAAAAGACAAUGCUCUAAUGUACAUAACCUGCAACGGCCGCCUGGUGCAAAUGAAAGCUUCUUCGAAGCUGCAGCAAGGCUUAACGAUACGACGACAAGUGCACAAAGUAUGUGUGAAGAUUUCUUCGAAGAAUGGGUAUUUGGGGCGGCUGUGACAGGUUUCUACGUUCUCGCGGCAGCCGUGAACAUUCUAACCUUCCACCGUGCCAUGCGAAAACUCAAAGGUCAAGGUAUGACGUUACUAGACGCAUACAAGCGACUGUUCAUCUCGCUCGGGAACCAGUGUAUGUGGUUAUUGCGGUUCACCGGUAUCCUUAUCAUUGGCUUGCUCUACAUGAUCCUCCAGUGCCUGUUCCGGUGUUUACCAUUCUCUGUGAGAUCAAGGGUACGCUUCGCAAGGCGUUCUGUUCUGAAGACCGGACUAGGACUGGAACAGAAGUCCGAGAUGCAGAUGACCGCACUCAAAAGAAAGUUUGGAGACCCGAAAAACUCUAGUGGCCGUUACCAGGACACCGAGGGAGUGCCAUCGCCACUCGCAGACUUCUUGGGUAUAUAUGACAUGUUGAUACUGGUCUCGGAAAACCUACACUACCGCGACAUGAUGAACCUGAGUCGCGUCUCGAAGAGCAUCAGAGCGCGAGUUCUACCUACCAACGACUACGAUCGACGUCUUAAUAUAUUUCGAACAUAUACCUGCAACGACGGGGAGAAGACGAAAUGUUGGUCCUGUCCAAACCAAACAUGUAUCGGCUGCCAACAAUACCCCCUAGUUGCACUCACAACCCUCUACCACCAUCUCCAAAACUGCCGUCCAUUCUGCACCCGUUGCUACAGAACGCAAACUCCAGGUCGAUUCGACAAGAAUCCCUACUGUCAGUGCGCACCUGCCCCUGCGCAUCCAAAUAUCUUCCUCCGUAUGGUAAACGGCAGUAGCUACUACCAAGCCAGGCAAUCCCGCAUUCCCAAAUACGUGAGAGCAGUGUGUAUGGACUGCCACGCAUUUACAAGCGAGGAGCUGAGGGAUAGAAUGGAAAAGGAAACGAAACGCCUGGUUAUGGAGGGCAGAAAUAAAGACGGUGAGAAGUGGACGAGGUGCGCGGGGAGAGGGUGUGGGAAGGAACUAGGUAUGGGUCCGAGGUGGUGGGUUUGUGAGGCGGAUCCUUUUGGACAAGGCCAAUGUGGGAAGGAGUGUUCCAGCUUGCUGCAUAAGGGGUGGGGUAAGGGGUCGAAGGAGAAAGGAAAGGAUGAGGUUGUGGUGGGGACAGAGGCUGUGUGAUGGCGGGCUUGACUGUUAAUGACUCUAUCUCGUCCAUUCUUGCAUUGAUCUGAUGCAGUGUUUAUCUAUAUUUAUGUAGUCCCUUGCAUGCUUCUUUCCUCACCUUUCUGCUGUUGUUUCUGUUCCUCUACUGAUAUUCUCCC